AUGGAAUGUGAGUUCAACCAAGAAUCAACUACCAACAAAACCUUUCCACUUGAAGGCGACCCCCAUCCGAGGGUCACCAUGGAUGGAAUGACCAUCAAGAGUCGUAUUAGGAAGUUGCUGAGAUCACCGUCAGGCAAACACGGGAGGGACCGCAGGGACAACCUGGCGAGCAAGGUAACGUUGGAGAAGGUUCUAGGCAUAACCGCUUUGGGCAACAGCUGCCUGGCCUGCGACCCCAAAACGGGACUAGUGGCUUAUCCUGCAGGGUGUGUUGUGGUAUUGCUGAACCCAAGAAAAAACAGACAGCAGCAUCUCAUCAAUGCGUCAAAAAAGUCCAUCACGGCUCUGUCCUUCUCCCAGGAUGGCAAAUACCUGGUUACAGGCGAGAGUGGCCACCUUCCCGCUGUACGACUAUGGGACGUUUCGGAGCGCCGCCAAGUGUCUGAGUUGCAAAAGCAUGAAUAUGGUGUCUCCUGCGUGGCCUUCUCGUCUGAUGGCAAGCAUAUCGUCAGUGUGGGCAACCAACAUGACAUGAUGGUCAAUGUCUGGGCGUGGAAAAAGGAUGUGGUCAUAGCUGCUAACAAAGUGUCAAGCAAGGUAACGGGAGUGUCCUUCUCUGAGGACAGCUCUUACUUUGUCACUGUGGGCAACAGACAUGUCAAGUUCUGGUAUUUGGAUCAGUGCAAGGCUAGUAAGGCCAGCACCCCGGUCCCCCUGCUGGGGCGUUCGGGUUUGCUGGGCGAGCUGAGGAACAACUUCUUCUGCGAUGUGGCCUGUGGGCGUGGCCAAAAGGCCGACUCCACCUUCUGCGUCACCUUCUCCGGCUUGCUGUGCGAGUUUAACGGCAACAGGAUGCUGGACAAGUGGGUAGAUCUGCAGACCAGCAUGGCCCAGUCUCUGUCUCUAUCCUCGGACCGGAUUUUCUGCAGCUGCGCCGAUGGAACGGUGCGAGUUUUUAGCCCGUUAGACCUUCGUUUUGUUUGCACUCUGCCUCGGCCGCACCCCCUCGGAGUGGACGUCGCGUCUGUCACUCAAGCUAGUCACUUACUGUGCAGCCGGGCGGAUGCUCGCUACCCAGAUGCCAUGGCCGUAACCUACGACCCCAUCAGCCGCUGGUUAAGCUGCGUGUACGCCGACCACAGCGUGUUCGUGUGGGACGUCGCCGACGUCAGCCGGGUGGCCAAGGUGCACUCGGCCCUCUUUCACGCUGCCUGUGUUUGGGACCUGCAGAUGUUUCCUGAUGUUCCUCAUGGAGAAACUGCGACGAAUGUUUCGCCAAGCGCCUUUUUCAGCUGUUCGUCUGACAGCACCAUCAGACUUUGGCACAUGGACGAGCGGGUCCACGUUCCUUCGCAAAACAUCCUAAGCACAGACCUCCUCAAGAUCAUCUACACGGGCCCCACCACUGCCGCCUUGCAGGAAGCGGAAAAUAUGACCAAUGGGGAUAAACCUGUCGAUGGACAGCAGGUGGAAAGCAGAACAGGCAUCCGAACGAUCUGCGUCAGCCCGGACGGGAAACACUUGGCGUCUGGGGAUCGAAAUGGAAUGUUGAGAGUUCACAACCUCAGCAGCAUGGAGGAGAUUCUUAAAGUGGAAGCUCAUGAUGCGGAAAUCCUCUGCCUGGAGUACAGCGAACCGCAAACAGGUUUUCAGCUCCUGGCCACAGCGAGUCGAGAUCGUCUGAUUCACGUGCUGGACGCCGCUAGCGACUACAGCCUGGUGCAAACAUUGGACGAGCACUCAUCUUCAAUCACAGCCGUUCGCUUCGCCGCCGCGAGUGACGGCAAAGUGAGGUUGAUCAGUUGCGGGGCAGAUAAAAGCAUCUACUUCCGCACGGCACACGCAAGCGAGGGAAGAACAGAGUUCAGGUGUUGUCACCACACGGUGAGGAAGACCACGCUGUACGACAUGGGUGUGGACCCUAGUAGCAAACAUGCGGCGGUGGGCUGUCAGGACCGCUGUAUCCGGAUUUUCAACGUCAACAACGGCAAACAGAAGAAACUCUUCAAGGGUUCACUCAGUGACGACGGCAGCUUACUCAAGGUUCAGAUUGAUCCAUCGGGUCAGUACGUGGCUGCUAGCUGUUCCAACAAGAACAUUAGCAUCUUUGAUUUCAGCACAGGGGAGUGCGUUGCCACCAUGUUUGGACAUUCAGAGAUCGUAACAGGUUUGAAGUUCACCAAUGACUGCAGGCAUCUGAUCAGCGUUUCCGGGGACAGCUGCAUCUUCGUGUGGCGUCUAGCUCCAGAGUUGACCAUUAGCAUGCGCCAGAGGCUUUUUCAGCUCCGACAGCCUCUUAAGAGCGCUGCCUUCAGGCGUGAAGCGCAUAGCGCUCCUGCUCUGUUGGGGCUGUCCUCUGACAGCGAGCGCGAUGAUGAGGACUGCCGCAGGGAUUCCGACGAUCGCAACGAAGACUCUGGAAACAGCGCGUCCGCUGACAGCAGCCAUGGAGAAGAGGACACGGGCGGGUCAGAAGAAGCAACUGACUGGGAACCGGCAAAACCUACCAUACCCACACCCGCCGUCACCCGUCGUCCUCGCCGUCGUUGGUCCCGUCGCAAGGGCUCUUUGGAGUUGAAGGUCAAAUCCAUGUUGGACCUUAGACAGCUGGAGAACUUCACUCCCGACAAAGCGAACCUCCGCGAACCCGCCUUGAGCUUGGACAGCCCUGACGACCACGUCUUACGUCAACGUGUCGCCCCCUGCGAUUGGCUGUCAUCUGAAGGCGUAAAAGUUUCCGACAGGGUGGAGGACGAUGAAAAUAACAGGAAGCGCCAGGUCCUCAACCAGAGCCAGGACAGCUACAGUCCGGACAGCGCCUGCUCGCUAGGCUACGAUAGCCGAGGAACUAGCCCGGAUGGCAUCCUGGAUGACUCCGCAGACAACACGUCCCUCAGCCUGGACAGCUCAGAAGACGAGUUGGAUAAAGAAGUAGUGAUGGUGGAGUUCACUAGCGUGGAGGACACUUUGACCGAACCAGAAGAUUUCCUCAAGCGCAACUUUGAGACGCUAGCAGACACCUGCAGUGCAGCUGAGUCAAGCAAAGUCCCGAGGCUCAGCAUGUCCUCACGCUUCCUGGCACGAGGACAUCAAAACAGGUGCGGCGUCUCCCACAAGCCUCCCGUGUCCAAAGUGCGCCCCUUGAUGGAAAACGGGCAGAGUAGAACCACAGAGGUCAAGACCCUGAUGUCACCUAGUGCCACCCAUGAGCCAAAGUUCAUCACAGGCUCCGUGGUCAUCCCAAGACCCCGCAAGAAGACUACACCGGGGUCUCAUCUUUGGAGGUUCUCCACUCCGCCGUCCAAACCGCCUCUGCCCGACAGAACCGCCAGUCUGCACAAGUCACAGUCUGUUCAGAACCUCACUUUAGCCUCUCCACGCUCACCACUGCCCUCUAGUGAGCGCCGCGAGUGGUGCAAGAGACCCCAGUAUCUCCUCCUGGACCGUGACCCUCUCAAACCCUCAUCCUCGCACGUGUCCUCGCCCUCACCGGGCUCGCCGCUGUCUCCUCGCUCCUACAUGAGCCCGACGGCCAGCUCCAUGGCUAAAAGCAGCCGUUCAUCAUCCGUGGGGGAGGGCGUUCUGGACCUGUCACCUUUCCCCAAAGCUCGGAGGUCCUGGGGGGAUCUGGACGGGGCGGAGACAUCUUGGCACCCUCUCGCCGCCGGCCUUCCGGCGCCCUCUCGUAUCCCUCAGCCUAAGCAGCCUCUCAGCCCUCGACGCAGCUUGGACAUGAAAGCCAGUACUUUUUACCUAGGAAGUCCAACCAAAGCUUCUUCUCCCACUGUGGGACCAGCGUGCGAUCGCACAGCUUACACAGGUUCAGCAGAGAAAAACCGAAUAUCCAUAUCUGAAAGACAAGACGUAGGAUCGCCUCCUGAAGCGCUCCCCCUGGUGGCGGAACGUACCCUCACGCAUCCAGGUGUUCCUUCUCCCACUGACCUUUCAUCUACUAGCGCUCGUUUUCCUUUUCUUCUACCUCCUACUCCUCCUCUCCCUUUUCGUCGUCACUCUGACUCACGCUGGCCGCCGCUGGCUUGCGUCUCUCCGUCUGUGUCACCCGUGGCAACCUGGCACUGCCACACCGGUGAUUCUGUAUCUUUGGACUCCUGCAAGCAGGCUGCGACUGAGCUUUAUUGCAGUCUGAGGCGAACUAUCUCGCUCUACACAGAGGUGCUCCACUCCCCUCCAGAAUGCGGAGAAGAAGGUCGUCAGGAGAUGGUGAAAGUGUUGUCCGAGGCGUUGGCUUCGGCCAAAGCCCAGCUCGACCCGCUGCCUGGGUCCCCGAUGUCCAACGGCGCAAUCUGGGGAUCGGAGGAUAAAGCUGAAAGCGACAAAGCUCUGGCGCUGUUGGAGCAGUAUGCGGAGCUACUGCUGAAGUCUGUGGAGAGGAAGCUGGGCGGCAAGAUGUGA